UUUUGAUUUAACCGGAAGUGGAAAUAUAUUUGAUAACAUAAAGCAGCAUGGCGCGACGAGUCGUCCUCGAAUUCAGUGGCGGAGCGGAGCUGUUAUUCAACAAAACAAAGAAGCAUGAAGUGACCUUACCCAAGUCAGAAAAAGAGUGGACAAUAGGAUCAUUGUUACCAUGGAUGAGAGACACUAUGCUACAGGAGAGGCCGGAACUCUUCAUGCAAGGAAAUACAGUACGCCCAGGGAUACUGGUGUUGAUCAACGAUUCAGACUGGGAACUGAUGGGGGAACUAGAGUACCCAAUCAAAGACAAUGACAGGAUAGUGUUCAUAUCUACCCUACAUGGGGGAUGACACCUCAUCAGCUACACACAUCUUCAUCCAGAGGGAAUCAACAUUGCAGUAUCCAUAAUUCACAGAAGUUUUAUCAGUUUUGUGAACAGCAGGGGAAAUAUUUCUGACAAGGUGUUAUGGUAGGAUUGUAGAAAGUGCUGAAGUUUAUACAUGGAUGAAAACGAUGAUUUACAUCCAUAUAUGGUACCUUCUGUGCCGUUGUGCUGUAUCUCUGACUGUGUUCAACACUUAUCUAAUGACUGUUGGUAUGAAUGAAAUCAUUGUAACGACAUAGAAAACCUUUGUAUAGGUGAUUAUCCUGGUCUUUACAGUCUCAGAACAUCCAACAAUGUCAGAAAUAAAUCGUUACCAGUA